AUGGCAGAAAACCCAAUUGCGAUGAUCAACCCCAGCUCAGUUGGCCUUCCAGAGGCCCCAAACCCAGAUCCUUUGCCCGAAGCGCAAUGGCAAACCUUACUGGCAGUCAUGGAUACCGUCCUGUCGUCAUGUCAGAAAAAUGAACCUCAUGACGUGGACGCUGCAGCUCUUAGCGAUACCAAAUACGAAAAGACCAUGACGCAUCUCCGGCAGAAUACUAGCCUUGACCUUUCCGACACGUCUACGUUCGAUGCUUUCCUCGCUGAGAAGCCUUCCGAUAUACCACUCUUUCGAGAUAUCUUGAAGCGGAUGCUGGCCGGCUUUCCUCCUGACAAACUAGCUACGCUUCACAGCGUCCUCUCACUGAUCGAUAACUGGACUACGACUCUCCCUCUUACCGGUCGUCUAACGCCAUUCUCCAAAUUAUCUAUCAAAGACCGAACACGUGUGCUGCACUCUUGGAGAACCAGCUCCUUGGCUAGUUUCCGUGUGCUGUUUAAACAGCUUUCGCAAAUCGCCAAGCAUAUUUAUGUUCGCGCGAGUCCUCUUUUCGACGAGAUUACUGGUUACCCAUCAGCCCCUUCCGGAUGGCACCCGGUCGAGUCCUAUCCUUUCGAAUUUACGGACUUCAACACAUCGCGACAUCCGAUUCAACUGGAAACAGAUGUCAUCGUCGUAGGCUCAGGUUGUGGUGCUGGCGUUGUUGCGAGGGCCAUCGCCACGGCAGGCCAUCGCGUCAUCGUUGUGGACAAAGGCUAUCAUUUCGAAACUUCCUCGCUUCCUCUUGACCAUAGCGAAGGCUUCUUCCAUCUUUUCGAACAGAGUGGCAUGUUAGCCUCGGAAGAUGGGUCCAUCACCGUUACGGCGGGAUCGUGCUUCGGCGGCGGUGGAACAAUCAACUGGAGCGCGUGCCUGCAAACCCAAAACACGGUGCGUGAUGAGUGGGCGGACGAACGAGGUCUUACCUUCUUCAAUUCAUCCGAGUUCCAGGCUCACCUUGACUCUGUCUGUGAGCACAUGGGCGUUAGCGACGAGUUCAUUCGCCACAACCAUGGCAACUCAACUCUCCUCGAAGGCGGGCGGAAGUUGGGGUUCAGCGCAAAGCCCGUCCCCCAAAACACUGGUAAUUGUGAGCAUCACGAUGGACACUGCGCGAUGGGAUGCGGGAGGGGGGAGAAGCAAGGCCCAGUGAACGGAUGGUUCCCUGAUGCGGCCAAGUGCGGAGCCAAGUUCAUCCAAGGCUUCAAGGUUGAGAGGGUGCUUUUCAAGAAGAAGCGUGGUAAACAGGUCGCUCGUGGCGUUAUAGGAACCUGGACACCAAAGAACUCCAAGGAUACGACGCCUAGAGUGGUCACCAUCAAGGCGAAGAGAGUUGUCGUUUCUGCAGGAAGUCUAUGCAGCCCUAUCAUCUUGAAGAACAGCGGGCUAAGGGCAGCAGGCGGAAUUCUCACCUCUGUCGUGACAAGCCUUGAUAACCUUGACGGAAAAGGUCAUGGUGUCAAGCUAGAACGUGUCUCAAUGAUACCUUCCAUGUCUCUUCCCUGGUUGAAUUGGACCUCUGGACUUGACUACAAACUAUUGUUAUCCAAAUAUCCCCACAUGGAGAUAUUCAUUGCCAUCACCCGGGAUCGCGACAGUGGCCAAGUCCUCGCUGACCCAACACGAGGCACGCCUCGCGUGGCGUAUACUCCCUCCAAAUAUGAUACCCGCUCAAAUCUGACGGGCAUGAUCGCCUUGGCGAAGAUCCUCUACGUCCAAGGCGCUCGGGAAAUUCAUCCCGCCCUCCCAGGCCUUCGACCAUUCAUCCGCGCUCAGGAAGGAUCUGCAAAUCCUGUUGACGACUCUGCGGGAAUCACGGAUGGGAGGUUCCAAUCUUGGCUGAAAGAGAUGGAAGCACAUGGAAACAAGACGCCAGAGACACCAUUUUGCUCCGCUCACCAGAUGAGUUCCUGCCGCAUGAGCGCCAAGGAAAGCGAGGGUGUUGUGGAUCAGUUUGGCAAGGUUUGGGGUUGUGAAGGGCUGUAUGUCGCUGAUGCGAGUGUUCUUCCCAGUGCCAGUGGUGUAAACCCCAUGGUCACCACCAUGGCCAUUUGUGAACGGAUCGGUACGGGCAUUGCCAAAGAGUUGGCAAUGGAGAGGCAGGAGACUGCGAGAAUUUGA